AUGUGUUCUCUGAAAGAAGUGACGUUUAGUGGCUGUGAUGCACUGGAUAGUUACAAUUGUCCAAAUAGUGUUGAGAGUUUGGAGAUACGAGAUUGUGAUUCACUGACAUCCUUGACCUUCUCAGCAAUGCAGGAGCACCCAUUGCCUCUCACUGAAUCGAUAAUUAGUGAUUUUAAUAACAUAAAAAGUGAUAAACCCAUUCCAACAUAUCGCCUAACAUCUCUUCAGAUCAGAUAUUGUCAGAAUCUAAAGUCAUUUCCUCAUGAGCAUUUUCAAUGUCUCACAUCUUUGGAAGAACUGUGGAUAUAUGAGUGUCCAAGAGUGGUUUCAUUUGCAGUGGCAAACGAUGUGAGGAAUACUACAUCAUCAUCAUCAUCUUUUCUUCUUCCACCAUCUUUGGUUUCUCUAGAGCUCCAUGAUUUUGUGGAUGUGGAAUCAUUUUCAGAGGUCUUACAACACCUCCCCUGCCUUAAAACACUUUAUAUCAGGUCAUGCCCGAAGAUUACAGAUCUUGUCACAAUUUAUGACCCAUCAAAUUUGACAAUAGAUGUAUGGGAGUAG